AUGAGUGAUAAUGACGUAAACAGUGACCGUUCGCCUACUUUGACUCCGCUUAGAAAAUUACCCAAAAAAGGUGCUUGGACAAGAAAAAAGGAAGGUAACGCAUUAUCGCAACAUCGUGUACAAAAUUUUAGACAGCAAUGGUUAAACGACCCGACUUUUAAAGACUGGCUUUUGCCAGACACCAAUGAUUUAACAAAAGCUAAAUGUGUAUAUUGCCCGGGAACAUCAAUGGUAGCUGAACUAUCCAAUUUAAAAACUCAUGCCUCUACCAAGAAACACCUAGGCAACAAACCCGGAUCCAGUGGAAAAACACAAACAUUAACAUCGCUUGGAUUCCAAAGAGGUAUAACUCCACAAAAUAGAGAAAAAGCUCGUGCAGAAAUUAAACUUUCUGCUUUUUUUGCGGAGCACAAUAUUGCAUUCUCGGUUGCUGACCAUUUGACAGAUUUAUUAAAAGAAGUUGUGACGGAUUCUAAAUUAAUCAAGGAAAUUGAACUUAAACGAACCAAAAUUACAGGUGUGAUAAAGAACGUUCUCGGAGAAGGUCAUAAGGCAGAUUUAGCCCAAAAACUACAAAAAAAUCAGUUUUCGGUGAUGACGGACGAGACGACCGAUGUUUCUACGGUCAAAACUGCUUGCGUUGUGGUACGCUAUUUUGAUCAAGAAGCUCAAAAGAUAUGUAGCGCAUUUUGGGAGCUGUACAAAGUUUUUAAGGAAACACCUGAUGCUGUUGAUAUUCCUACUGCCAAUGCCGAGAAUUUAUACAGAGCUCUUAUUGAUUCAUUUACUAACCGUAAUGUUCCAUUAACAAAUGUGAUCGGCUUUGGCUCAGAUGGGUGUAAUGUCAUGAUGGGUGAUAACGACUCAGUGAAAACAAGGUUAUUACGCGAUUUUCCAGGAAUCAUAAUCACGAAGUGCGUUUGUCAUUCGGCCCAUUUGUGUGCCAGUGAAGCCUGUAAACAGCUGCCUGAAGGUGUAGAACAACUGGCUAGAGAUAUCUACAACUUUUUUAAACAUAGUGAUAAACGGCUAUUUGAUUUUCGUAACUUCCAGUCGUUUGCUGCAGUGGAGCCUCACAAAAUACUGAAACCAUCACAGACAAGAUGGCUUUCCUUAUUAUCAGUGGUUGAAAGGAUAUUAGAGCAAUGGGAAGCCCUACGUCUUUUUUUUAUCGAUUUUACGACAAAUCGUGCACAUAGAGCAAGAGCCGAUGAAAUCCUAUUGCGUUAUUUACAACGCGAAUAUGUUAUGAGGCCAAAUCUUGGUGAAAUAAACCCUGAAAGUCAGCGACAUCAGCUCCAUGACAAUGCACUGUAUCUUGGUGUCAAAGUGUAUGAGCUCUUGAAACAUCCAGAUGUGAUCAGACAGCCCACAGAUAUCGCUCAGUUCUUCUCAUGCUGCAAAAAUUUCUACAAAGUUGCAGCCAUCGAAAUUAAAAAACGAUAUAACAUGGAAGAUCCUGUCUUGUCAAAGCUACAAGUUUUUGAGCCUGCAUCUGCACUCUCCUACAAUUUUAGGAGCAAUUUCCCUACACUUAUGCCUCUUAUGGAAGUGGUCCCCCGAAUAAUCGCAACAGCUGAUCAUGCAAAGAAACAAAUAAUCGACAAUCAAUGGAGGAGUUUGCCAAAUGCACAAGCUCGUCAUCCUAAAGGGUUGAAUGAAAUUAGUGAGCCAGAUAAGUUUUGGGCUCAAUUACUGAAAACUGAAGACUUUUCCGAGCUAGCUCAUUUUGCCCUAUCUACACUGUCCCUACCCCAUGCGAAUGCUGACUGCGAGCGGGUUUUUAGUAAAAUCAAUUUAAUAAAGACAGAAAUACGAAACCGGCUAACUGUGGAAACAGUGAACGGCACACUUCUUGCUGCAGAGAGCGCAAAGGGUUCAACUCGUACUGGAAACUUCGUCAAUUUUGAGCCCACAAAAGAAAUGUAUAGUCGCAUGACAAAAGAUAAAAUAUACGGCAGAAAAAACGAUGACAGUGAGGAUGUUCCUGACAUAAUAUUUGGAGAGGAGAUGUAA